AGUCAAUCAUCCGGAAGUUUACAAGUUUUCAACAACAGACUGGCAUUUUGGGAUUAAUUUUCAUGUUCAUUAAGAUCUUUAAUCAACCAACGAAGAUACGAGAUGGUUUGUGAGAAAUGUGAGAAGAAGCUAGGUAAGGUCAUCACUCCUGAUACCUGGAAAGAUGGAGCCCGCAAUACAACAGAGGGUGGAGGGCGUAAACUCAAUGAGAACAAAAUGCUGACAUCCAAGAAGGCCAGGUUUGACCCCUACAGCAAGACUGGCUUUGCUAUCUGCAGAAUUUGUAAGAGCUCAGUCCACCAGUCAGGGUCCCAUUACUGCCAGGGCUGUGCUUACAAAAAAGGCAUCUGCGCCAUGUGUGGAAAGAAAGUUCUGGAUACGAAGAACUACAAACAGACGUCCGUGUGACCGGCGUUCCACGUGCCAGGCCGAAGUCUUGGCAGGAUGGCUGUAGGAUGGAAGACUGGGCAGAUGGACGUACAGAUGGACAGACAGACCGACCAGCGGAAGGGUCUUGUGGGUUUGGCUCAUGCUAGGGCUGAUUUUGUAACAUGUUUGCAGAUUAGCUUGACAUUCUCUCACUGGCUGCUCCUCCUCUCUGUUUUGAAUCAGAACGUUUGAAUGAUUUAACAUAAUUAUGUUUUUAUUAUUUUUUUACUUUCUAUAUUUUUGAGUGUGAUAACUUUGCAAAGCAUGUACAUACAUUUUUGUGUCGUUGUUUAUUGUUGAUGGGGGGGUUUUUCCCCUCUAAUUCAGACUGCUGUAACGGCACUGUGCUUGGCUUUAGAGUGGCAAUACUCAGACAAGUACACAAGUAAUGUUACCUUAAAUAUACUCCCUGUGUAACAUGUCCACUUGUCAGCCAAAGCUGCAGGUUGUCCUGCACGAACGCCGAAGUCACAUUAGCGUGUAUAUAUAUAGUAAAUAUGUUUGGUUUUCUUUCAUUAAAACAUUGAUUUGGUGACCUUAAAAUAGUUCUUAGUCUUUUGGAUCCACU